UCCGGGCCGGGGAGCCGGCGCGUUGCAGGGACCGGGGAGCCAGAGCCGGAGGAGCGGACGGGCGGGCGGGGUCGAGCCUGCUGAGCUGGCGAAUGAAACCCGGCACCGACUGGUGGCGGUCGCGCCUCCCUCGGGCUUCAGUCGGAGUGCGACAACGUUAACUGGUGCUACAAUAAGACUGUCACGACCGCUGAUCACUGGAGGGUAGCUCAGCCACACACAGCCCAUCAUGACUCGUGAAGAAGAGAUGCCAGACUGGGAAGGAGCCCAGGAGUUUUACAGCAAAUAUGAUCCAAAGGAAGUCCUUGGCCGGGGAGUCAGUAGUGUUGUCAGGCGCUGCAUAGAGAGGAAGACAGACAUACACUACGCUGUCAAGAUUAUUGACAUCACAUCGGAGCACCUGACCCCAGAGGAGCUGGAGGAGAUUUGCACAUCGACUACCCAGGAAAUCAACAUUCUCAAACAAGUGUCAGGACACCCAAAUAUAAUUGCGCUCAAUGACUGCUAUGAAUCUUCAAGCUUCUACUUCUUGGUGUUUGACCUGAUGAAGAAAGGAGAGCUGUUUGACUACCUGACAGAAAAAGUGACUUUCAGUGAGAAGGAGACCAGAAGCAUCAUGCGAGCAUUGCUGGAGGUCGUUCAGUUUCUCCACUCCAAGAACAUUGUGCACCGUGAUCUGAAACCUGAAAAUAUCCUUCUGGACGAUGACAUGAAGAUAAAGCUGUCGGACUUUGGGUUUGCCCUACAACUGUCCCAGGGGGAGAAGCUGCGAGAAUUAUGUGGGACUCCAGGCUACCUGGCUCCAGAAAUCAUCAUGUGCUCUAUGGAUGAAACCCACGCUGGAUAUGGCAAAGAAGUGGAUUUGUGGAGCUGUGGAGUGAUCAUGUACACGUUGCUGAGCGGCUCCCCACCGUUCUGGCACAGGAAGCAGAUGCUGAUGCUCAGAAUGAUCAUGGAGGGAAAUUACAAUUUCAAUUCCCUGGAAUGGCAAGACCGGUCAGACACUGUCAAGGACUUGAUCUCCCAGAUGCUGGUGGUUAACCCCGAGAGGCGUUACACUGCAGAUCAGGCCCUGGCUCACCCCUUCUUCCAGCAGUACCUAGUGGAGGAGGUUCGUUACUUCAGUCCCUACAGGAAAUUUAAGACAAUCAUCUGGACAGUUCUGGCCUCAGUCCGUAUUUACUACAAGUAUCGGCGGGCUAAGCCUCUCAACAAACAUGUGCUCAUCCGCGACCCCUACGCUUUUAAAGGAGUUCGUAAAAUCAUCGAUGGCUGUGCUUUCAAGGUGUACGGACAUUGGGUGAAGAAAGGUUUGCAACAGAACCGAGCAGCUUUGUUUGAGAAUUCCCCCAAAGCCUUCCUGUUCUCCCUGAGUGAAGCCACCGCAUAGCCGGGACGAGCCGUCACUCUCCGGUCAUUAGCCACGCUCACGUGUGCUGUGUUCUCUGGCACAGAUCCCGACACUGCUGUCUGCUUCCGUCCUCUGUGUUCAAGGUGUGUGGUGAAAGUGUCACUUUACGAAUGUGAAUUGCUAAUUUAAAACUCUGCAAAGCCAUUGCUCAUUCAGACCCCGAUCAUUCUGCAGUUUUGUGGAAGUUGACGAUGUUUGGUCUCAGUCUGAUUUACCUGUCAUCAGUCUGGUGCAGAGUGUCCAAACCCCACCCUGUUCCUUCUCAUUGGCUUCAGAUUCAACACCUUUUCUCUGAACAGACCUACUCAUUCAUCCUUUUCAUCCUGACCUCUGCCACUCAUUCAAACCCUGUCCCUGACAUAUCACCAUUACUCUGGCCCUGACUAAUCACCCGGGCGCCCACCCUUACCCUCACAGUGGCCCCGACCCAUCACCCUCACCCCCACCCCCACUCUGACUCCUUACACUGGCCCCCAACCCUCACCCUGAUCUCCAGUGACCUCUGGUCCUGGCCCCUUAUGCACUUGCAUCAUCGCACGGGACACAAGCCAAUGGAGAUGGGGAAACCUUUGUUUAUAGGGAAGGGAACGACCCCUUCACAUCCACACUGGCUGAUGCACUGCAGUCCGAUCAAAUCCCACUUGUCAGUGUUUCCUCCACAGCCUCAAGAUUUCAACGGGGUUUGUUUCCUCUCCUCACCAACAGAGGUCCAAUACCAGCACAGUUCUCUUUCCAUCUUCAACACAUCACCUUAAAUCCAUGUCCCCUACAUAGACCUCCCAUCCAAAGGAAAUUCCAUCCACACCCCUCACAACUGUGCACUCCAGAGUCUCCCUCCGCCUCCUUAGCUGCAGGGAACCAUUCAGAGAAGGUUCUGCUGUCCUGAAGUGUAGACAAAGCUGAGAGAUGUGAACAGAUUAGUCCGAAGCCAGGUGUGAAUGAAGAAUUAUUAAACAGCUAACAGGAGGAGGAGGCUCGAAGAACGUCCUCACCUUCAACAAGUGAAUGGUGAAGAAAAGGCACAAGUAUUGUCACCAAGUUCUGCCAGAAGUUCCAUGUAAGCAUUUCAGUCUGGCUUCCUGCUAAGAUCAUAGCGUCACACACCCCAGACUCCAGGCAAUUCUACUCACUCCACGUGAUCAGCUGACUGGUUGUGGGGAAGGCUAAUGUUCCUCCUGUUGUAAUGAAGACGAUGAUCCACAAGUAUGUGUGCUGUAGACAGGCUGUUCCAGUACAGCUGCAACACUCCCAUCUACCUGACAAUGUGGGAAAUAAGACAGUGCUGUCCUCUCACCAAAGGAUAAAUCCAUUCCACUGCCCAAUCAGUCGGCACUUUGGAUUGUGUCAUCAACAGUGUGAUUCAUUGACACUUCGCUCCAGAUGCCAUUCUGGUCCAGAACCUAUCCUAGCCUCAGUCCAAACAUGGUCCAAGUGCAUUUUUCCAAGAUGCACUGGUAAACUGAGGUUAAUUGGCAUCAGAGAUCGGAGCACAGAGGAAGGUACUUGUGGUUUUCAGCUCCAGAAUGUCACUGCAGAAGAUGGUUGGUGCGCAGCUUUCUUCAGCGGUUUCCCUGUAUCAUUAAUAGAAACACACACAAAAUGCUGCAGGAACUCAGCAGGCCAGGCAGCAUCUGCGGAAAAGAGUAAAGAGUCGACGUUUCGGAACAAUACCCUUCCUCAGGACCGGCGAAAGAGGUGCGGUCAGAGUAGGAAGGGGAGGGGAGGUGAGGAAGAAGUACAAGGUAGUAGGUGAUAGGUGAAACCAGGAGAGGGGAGGGGUGAAGUAAAGAGCAGGGAAGUUGAUUGCUGAAAGAGGUAAAGGGCAGUCUAAUGGGAGAGGACAGAAGGCCAUGGAAGAAGGGAAGGGAAAGGAGGACCAGAGGGAAGUGAUGGGCAGGGAAGAAGUUAAGGUGAGAGAGGGAAAUGGGAAUGGGGAGUGAUGAAGGGGAGGUAAGUACUGGAAGUUCGAGAAAUCGAUAUUCAUGCCAUCAGGUUGGAGGCUACCCAGACGGAGUGUUGCUGUUGGGGGCUGGGUUAUGUUCAUCCACAUACACCCGCUCAGCUGAAGAAGCUGCUAGCACACAGUGAAAAUGAGAAAACAUUCAGACAUGGCUGUUAAUUGGUGAGCAACAAUUUAAACAAACGAAAGGUACGUCACCUCCAGAGUUUCUCCGGUUAGCGGACGAUUCCCCUCCACGCCUCACUGACGUAGUGGGGAACCGCGUACGAGGCAAGUUACAUUGCCUUCUGCCGGGUGAGUUUCCAAAGAUCACCAGCUCGUAACCCAGCACGGAUGGAAAGCGUGCAGGGGAGCCGGCUGGAUUCAAACUCGGGACCUUUCAUCCUGAAGUCCGGCGCUGUUGCCACUACACCACCAGCCAGGUCAAGCAACAAUUACAUCAAACAAAGUGACCAGCACUAACCAUAUACAACAAGGGCAAGUCUGUCCACCAUUAUUAUCACAAGUUCCCUACCAUCAGCAUCUUGGAGCUUGCCAUUAGCCACAUAAAUACUCUGGCUUCAUGAACCGGUCAGAGGUGGGUAUCUUGCCUGGCUCAGUACAGUAGCAACAACUCUCUAGGAGAUCCACAAAGCUGCCUGCUUGUUUGACACAUCAUCAACCACCCUAAAUGCUCACUGCCUCCAUCACCAGUGCAGUGGCAGCAGCGUGCAUCAUCUACAAAAUGCACUGUAGUUACUUACGCGGGCUAAUCUGAGAACUUUACCAAACCUGUGACUUCCUCCAUCAACGUCAGGCAGAUGGAAGCCACACCUCCCACUGAGUCUUCCCUGUGAAUCUUCAAAGACAAUCCUUCCAGUGAACAAAGCCCUUCGGCCCACAAUAUUGUGCUGGACUAAUGAAAUCAGUAAUCAAAUGGAGAACUAAACUAAUCUCUUCUGCCCACACAAUGUCCACAUCCCUCCAUUUUCCUCACAUUCACGCACCUAUCUAAAUGUCCCUAAUGUUUCUGCCUCUGUCACCAACCACCAUCCUGCGCAGCGCACUCCGGGCACUCGCACCUUUCUGUGUAAAAGAACACGCACCUCAUAUCUCCUUUGAAAUUACCCCCUCUCACCUUAAGUCAAAGCCCUCUGGUAUUAGACACUGGGAAAAAGAUAGUAUCUGUCUACUCUGUCAAUGCCUCUGAUUAUCUUAUAAACGUCUAUCAGAUCUCCUUCAGCCUUUCCUGCCCCACCCCAGAGAAAACAACCAGGUUUGUCCACCCUCUUCUUUUAACAUGUGCCCUCUAAUCCUGGUCAACUCGAUAGCCUUCCUAUAAUGGGAUGACCAGAGCUGUAUGCAAUACUCCCAAUGUGGCCUAACUAGAGCUGCAGCACAACUUGCUUAGUUUUGAAUUCAAUGCCUUGAGUAAUAGAGGAAACCUGUGGCUGGAGAAGACACGAAGAUGUUGUCCAAGACCCCAGCAAUCUCUUCACUUGCCUCUCUCAAUAAACUGGGGAUAUGUCAUCAGGCCCUUGGGGAUGUAUCCACAUUAAUGCCCUUUAAGAGACCCAGCACGACCUCCUCCUUUACUUCAAAAUGCCCCAGCAUAUUAAUGCACGCGGCACUGACUCCCUUUCCGCCCCGUCCUUCUCCUUGGUACAUACUGAUGUAACGUAUUCAUUAAGAACCUCACCCACAUCCUCUGCAUUCAAGCAAAUUUAUCCUUUAUCCUUGAGUGAUCCUACCCUCUCCCUAGUUAUCCUCCUGCUAUUGAUGUAUGUAUAGAAUGCCUUGGGAUUCACCUUAAUCCUACUUGCCAGGGACUUUUCAUGGCCCCUCCUGGCUUUCCUAAUUUGCUUCCUUAGAUUCUUUUCUGGCUUCUUUAUAUUCCUCGUGUGCUUCGUCUGACUUUCAUUCUUAUCCUUUUUCUUCUUUACAAAAUUCAUCACCUCUCUCAACAUCCAAGGUUCUCUUACCUUGCCGUCCUUGUCCUUCCUUCUGCCUGGAACAUACCUGUCCUGUACUCUCUGCCAUUGGUCUUUAAAAACCCCCCACAUGUCAGAUGUGGACUUGCCCAAAACAGCUGCUUCCAAAUAACUUUCACUAAUGCUCUCUCUCCUGUCUAAUGCUCUCAUAAUUUGCCCUGCUCCAAUUUAAUAGUCUCCUGCAAGCUCAAUACUUAUCCUCAUCUAGAACUACCUGAAAACUUAAGGAGUUGUGAUCACUGUUCCCUAACUGCUCCCCCUCUGAAAUGUCAGUCACCUGGCUAGGUCCAGGUCCAGUAUAGCCCCUCCUCUUACUGGACUAUCUGCAUAUUGAUUUAAGAAACCCUCCUGGAUGUACUUAACAAAUUCUGCCCCAUCUAAACCCCUUGUGCUCAGAAGGUCCCAGUUUAUAUUAGGAAGGUUAAAAUCCCCCAUGACACCAACCCUAUAACCCUAUUGUUUUUACACCUUUCUUUAAUCUGCUUGCAUGUCUGGUCCUCAAUGUCCCGGUGGUGGGUGGCAGGGGUCUGUAGUAUGAUUGUUCCACUCCUCUUCCUAACUUCUGCCCAAACGGACUCAGUGUCUGAACCUUCAUUAUGUCUGCUCUGAGUGCCGCUGUAAUACUGUCUCUGAUUAGUAGUGCAAUUCCCUCACCUCUUUUACCUCCCUCUGUAUCUUUUCUAAAACAUUGAAACCUUGGGACAUUACGUUCCUGUCCCUCUCUCAGCCAAGUCCCUGUAAUGGCAACAACAUCAUGGUUCCAUGUACUGAUUCAUGCUCUAAGUUCAUCACGUUUACCCAUAAUACUCCUAGCAUUAAAAUAUGCACACUCAGACUAUCUGUCCCAUUGUAUCUGUUACUUUGCUCCUCCCUGUUUAUACUGGCCCUGACAUCCAUCCCUCCACUUUCUGACCUGAUGCUCUGGUUCCCUUCCCCCUGCCAAACUAAUUUACAGCCUCCCGAGUAGUACCAGCAAACCUUCUGGCCAGGAUAUUGGUUCCCCUUCAGUUUAGGUGCAAUUCCUCCCUCUUCGACAGGUCACCUUUGUCCCAAAAAAGGUUGCAAUGAUCUAAGAACCUGAAAGCCUGCCUCCUACUCCACUUUCUCAGUCACCUGUUCAUCUGUACUAACAUCCUAUUCUUGCCCUGACAAGCACAUUUCACUGGGAGUAAUCCAGAGGUCUUGUUCUUCAGUCUCUUUCUUAACUCCCUCUACUCACUGUGCAGGACCUCUUCCUUUUCUACUGAAGCAACACACACAAAAUGCUGGAGGAACUGAGUAGGCGGGGCAGCAUCUAUGGAAAAGAGUACAGUCAGUGUUUCGGGCCGAGACCCUUCGGCACGAGUCUUUCUACCUAUGUCAUUGGUGCCAAUGAGCACCACGACCUCUGGCUACUCACCCUCCCCCUUAAGAAUAUUCUGCAGUUGCAUAGAAAUAUCCUGGACCUUAGCACCUGCAAGGCAACACACCAUCCUGGCGUCUCUUUCACAACCACAGAAUCUACUGUCUGUUCCCCUAUUAAGUCUCCUAUCAAUAUCCUCUGCCCAACUUUACCCUUCCCUGCUACGGCUCAGAGAGGGCCACAGGGAUGUACUUGUUGCUCAGGGGGAUAACCGUAGAGGAACUCUGCACUGUGUGCUUACUCCCCUCACCUCUGCUGGUCACCCAUCUAGGUAUGACCACCUCCGUAAAAGUUUCAUCUUUCCGUCUCUCGGAUGGUCCUGAGUGCAUCCAGCUGCAGCUCCUGUUCCUUGACCUGGUCAGUCAGGAGAUGAAGUUGGGUGCAACCUGCAGAUGUAGCUAUCAGUGAAAUAGUUGGGUAUCCUGUAAUCCCACAUUUUACAGGAGGAGUAUUUCAUUGCUUUACUAUCCUGCUUACACUUGUUAUACCAUUGUCUCUAACUUCUCAAGCUUAAAUUCUACAAUCAAAUAGAUGACUCCAAAAAAAACCAGCAACCUUGGCCUCUGCCUAUUCUUGCCGAAGCCUAUUGAGAAAGCCUGACCACUCUAACACUGCUCCACUCCAACAAUGGCUGCUCUGCCUAAACCUAGUUUCUUAUUGGCCCUUGCUAACUUUCUAAUAACCCAAGCAAUUUCUCCCUCUGACAGACACCACUCCCUUUUUAAAAUUGGUGCAUAAACUCCGCAAGGAACUGUCUUCAACGCUGUCUGUGAUCUCCAACUCCGCAAAUAAGUCCCCAACCAUGAGGAAAAGAUUAUUCAUACCCCAACCAUGAGGAAAAGAGUAUUCAUACCCUGACCAUGAGGAAAAGAUUAUUACUCUCUGCUCUAUUUGUUGUUCAUCCAUUGUUGACGUUGAUGAGGACCUCGACACCAUUAUGAUGGUGUCGAGACUAGCGCGUGAUUUGGAUUUAAGUGAGGGAGAGUUGUGCAGCGUCAGCCUCACUCUCUCUUCCCAAUUCCCAUCUGGGUCCAGUGGCAAGACAGAGUCUAGACGGCUGGAGAUGGGACUAGGUGCAGUGGAUGACCAGGACGUCUUCCGUGUCUUGUCCUGCUCUACACGUUCCACGACGCUUGCAGAGACCGCCUUCUUGACCGUUGGACCUUCCAUUGGUUUUGUCCGCUCAAUCCGCCGGAGUCUGUCUUCACAUGCUGGGAUAGACAACUCCCUAUCUCACCGAGGGUUUGAGACCCGUCGGCUACCCUCACCUGGUUUAGCCGGCUUGUCAAAGCCGUUGCCCGGGGUGUGGCCGCUGUCGCAUGCAAACAGCUACGGGGAGCCCCAGGUGAGAGUUGAGUGCCAGGUGGGGACCAAAGGUGGACUAACCGCCCUGAAAAGGACGCGACAUGUUCCCCCACCAGAGGUGCUACCCCUCUCUGACACCCCAUAUACCCCUCUGCUCUAUUUAGACCUUUUAUAAUUAUAUGCUCUUCCAUCAGGUCAUCCCUCAGUCCCCUUCACUCUGUGUAAAACAAGCCCAGCCUAUCUGAUCUCUCCCCAUGACUAAAGUCCUCCAAUUCCUGCAACAUCUUGACAAAUCUUCUCUGCUUUCUCUCCAACACAAUCACAUCCUUUCUGUCAUGCUGUGACCAGGGCUGCACUUAACACUUAUUACAAGUACAAACUGAGUUUUGAAAAGCUGCACACAAUAUCCCAACUCUUACAUUCUGUGAAGACAAGCAUGCCGUAUCCCUUUUUCAUGACCCUAUCUGCCUGUGUUACCUUUGUGAAAUGUGAACUUGGUCCCUCUCUUCAUCAAAAUUCUUCAGUGCCCAACUAUUUACUCUGUACCCUGAUCUAACUCUCAGGAUUAGAUUUCAGUGUUAACUUUCUGCCUGGCUUUCCAUCUGAUCUGCAUCCUUCUGUAGUUUCGGACAACUUUCCUUGUUCUUCAUUAUACCAACACUGUGUCAUCUGCUGACUAAUCGUGAUUUCUAUAUUCACACUCAGUUCUUUAACAUGUGGCAAAUAACUGAGGUCUCAGCACCAAUCCCUUCAUACACCGCUAGUUACAACCCUCUACCACUGAUGUCUGCUUCUAUCACCCAGCCAAUUUUGGAUCCAGUUGGCCAGCUCCUUAACCUUCUGAACCAGCGUACCAUAUGGGAUCUUGUCAAAUACCUUACUAAAGUCCAUAAAGACAACAUCUACCUCCCUACUUUCAUAAUCUUCUCAGUUACCUCUUCAAAAAAACUCAAAUUAGUGAGACUGGAUUUUCCCCUCACUAAGCCAAGCUGAGCGUCCCUCAACAGUCCCCGUUCAUCCAAAUAUGCAUAAAUCCUGUCCUUCAGGAUUUUCUCCUAUCAUUUCCCUACCACUGAUGCAAGGCUCACCAGCCUGCAGUUACCUGUCCUAUCCCUGCCGCUCUUCUGAAAUAAAGGAACAACAUUUGUUGUCCUCCUGUUUUCUGGAAGCUUCUCUUUAAGUAAUGAAGUUGCAGAGCUUGCGGUAAAGUGGUCUGUUCUGUAGCUGAGGUCAGGCCUGUCUGUGAGUGGGUGGGGGACAGGUAGGGGGGUGUGUGUGAGUGGGUGGAUGGGUGUCUGGAUCUGGGUCUGGGGAUGGGAGUGAGGGAAAGGGCUUGUUUUGCUGUGGUUGCCUUUGUUUCCUGUUGAAGCCACUUGUGUUAUUCUGCUGAGCACUGGGCUUGCUAUAUCGGCACUGGAAUGUGAGGUGAGGUGACUAUUGUGAGCUGCCCGCAGCCCAUCCUUAGAUUGACACAAAUAACACAUUUCACUGUGUGUUUCAAUGUACAUGUGAUAAAUAGACGAAUUUGAAUCUGAAUUCUUUGUUAAUGCCCCAGCUAUCUCAUUUCUUGUUUCCUGUAGCAAACUGGAUUAGAUCUAGUGUGACCCUGGGGAUUUACCAAUCCUUAUACAUCCCAUGACACCAGCAUCUUCUCCACAUUCUCCUGCGGAUCUCUGCAUCCUUUCUGAACUGUUCAGUAGAACCCUUUGAUUCCAGCUUUGCAUCCAGUCAGCCAUUUUCUCGAGAAUUAUGUUGUUUAGCAGGAGGCAAAGAGUCGGAAUAAUAGGGGCCUAUUCUGGUUGGCUGCUAGAGACGACUAGUGUUUCACAGGGGUCAGUAUUGAGACAGCUUCUAUUCACGUUAUAUGUCAAUGAUUUGGGUGACAGAAUUGAUGGCUUUGUGGCCAAGUUUGCAGACAAUACAAAGAUAGGUGGAGGGGCAGGUUAUGUUGAGAAAGCACUCGGGAGUCCUUGUGCAGGCUUCCCUAAAGGUUAACUUGCAGGUUGAGCUGGUUGUGAGGAAGACAAAUGCAACGUUAGCCUAUCACAAACAAGAGAAAAUCAACAGAUGCUGGAAAUCCAAUCACAAACACGAGAAAAUCUGCAGAAACUGCAUUCAUUUUUGAGAGAACUAGAAUAUAAAAGCAAGGAUGUGAUGCUGAGGCUUUAUAAGGCAUUGGUCAAACCACACUUGGAGUACUGUGAUCAGUUUUUGGUCCCUUAUCAAAGAAAAGAUGUGUUAGCAUUGGAGAGGGUCCAGAGGAGGUUCACUGAUUCUGGGAAUGAAAUGGUUAAUGCAUGAAGAGCAUUUGAUGGUUCUGGAGUUUAGAAGAACGAGGGGGAAUCUCAUUGAAGCCUAUCUAAUAUUGAAAGGCCCAGACACAGUGUUUGUGGAGAGGAUGUUUCCUAUAGUGGGUGAGUCUAGGACGAGAGGACACAGCCUCAGAAUCAAGGUACAUCCAUUUAGGACAUAGAUGAGAAGGAAUUUCUUUAUCCAGAGGGUAGUGAAUCUGUGGAAUCCAUUGCUUAUGGACAGCUGUGGAGGCCAAGUCAUUGGUAUAUUUAGAGUAGAGGUUGAUAGGUUCUUGAUUAGUCAGGGCGACAAAGGUUACGGGGAGAAUGGGGUUGAGAGGGAUUAUCUAUCAGCCAUGAUGGAAUAGCAGAGCAGAAUCAAUAGACAGAGAGGCCUCAUUCUUCUCCAGUCUUCUACCUGAUGACCAGUUUGCUACCUGGGACCUUGUCUUAAGCUUUACUGAAGCCGAUGAAGAGAUCAGAUGCUACUCUCAUCAACUACUCCCCCCCCCCCCACUUCAACAUUCAUGUUGCGAUCAUGUGAUCAUUUCUACUGUCACGGUGUUGGGCUGAGUGGCCACAGUUACUCAGGCCUACGACCCCCACCCCUGGGGCCAGACGUGCUUAGUGUCUGUGCUGUGUCCUCUGCCACUGUUUGCUUUCAUUUCCUAGCAUGUACUUUACUUGGGGAUGAUGGAUUUUUAAAAUUUGAGGUUGCUAAACACCACUGUUGUUAUAUUUAUUCCAUCAUCAUUUCACACUCCAGUCUUCACCAGGCUGUUUUUAUUGUUCUCCCUCUAGCGGUGAGACACACUUGCACAUCAGAUUCCUGGUGGUUCUGCCCUCCUCCUGCUCUUGGUAAUCUCACACAGAGCUCCUGAUUGACAACAGACAGGUAGCACCUUGGCAGUGAAAUUCUCACCCUUGCUUUCAAACCUCACCCUAAUCUCAGCCCUUCUGCCCAACAGCACUGCCUGUCACCCUCCCCCACAAAUUCGUCAAUGACAGCUAUGGAACAUGACAGAUGCCCAUGACACAGUGCAGCUAGCACACAGGACUCUCUCCCUACUGCGUCAGAGUACUGUUCAGCGCAGAGUGGGUCUGAGAGGCAGUGAGCCACUGAAUUUUAUUUGGUCCACAGUCCAUCCAUUUCACACACUACCCCUCCAGCAUGGGCCGUUCUACCAGGGAGCCGGUGUGUAGUCAACGUCAAGGUCUGUCUUUGACUAGUCUAUCGGAUAGUUUUAAUCCAGAUGUUUGAGAGGAGAACUUUGUAUUUUCAGCUUUUCUAACUCAAGAACUUGGGUUGUUCAGACAUUCAGUGUAUUUUGUUGGAAGUUUGAUGCAACUUUAGGAGUUUGAGAAAGUUGAGACGGGUAUGCACAGGAAUGGAUGGUGGGUACAAGUGCACAGCUCAUGGAAAGGUGGUAGGGCAGCUGAGGAGAGUCACAAAAGUCUGUAUAAACAGAGUCACAAUGAAGCCCGACACUGCCCGUGCCACUCAUUAGGAAAGAUGUGGUUUUGAAGAGGGUGCAGAGGGGAUUCCCCAAAAGGAUUUUGAUUCAGAUUCUCAUUUAUUUGUCACACGUACAUCAAAAUGCAGUAAAAUGUGUUGACAACAAAAUUGCUGGGGGCAGCUCACAAAGGUCACCACACAUUCCAGCACCAACAUUAACACGAUCACAAUGCUCGGCAGAACAGAGAACACAUCCAAACAGAAUAUACCAAGCAACGACAUCAAACAAGCCUUUUCCUCCCCUCCUUACCCUCCCCCUCCCUCCCCCUCUCUCUUCCCUCUCUCACACUCUCACACACUCACUCUCUCACACACACACACACACACACACUCACACUCAAACUCACUCUCACACUCACACACACACUCACACUCACACACACACUCACUCUCACACACUCACAUACUCUCGCAA